AUGCUCGUCUCAACUGCCCUUCUCGCUCUGAGCUCAGUAGCCUUCGCAGCUGCUACGCCCGCUCCAGCUCAAAACCCCGAGACAGACUUUAGCUUCUGGCUUGGUGGUCCUAUCCUCGAGAAAUGUCUCGCUGAAAAGAACUGUGAGGACCGUCUCCUCGACAACCCUUACUACGUCGAAGCCAAGAAGACCAACCAUGCCAAGCGAUACAGUUGCCACGGCGCUGGCAUGCACACCGUCGUCACCAGCGGCAAGAACUUUGUCAAGUUUGGUUCUUUCAACCCCUACGAUUUGUUCCAUCACGUCUAUGAUCUGUGCCAUGAAGGAGGAUGCGAUAGUGGUAGUGACUGGGCCCGAAGUACAAAGAUAUCAAAGUCAGUGCUCAAGGCGUUUACUCAGGGUGGGACAUGCGUAAUGCUCUUGCUCAAUCUCUCGCCGAUGCGUCUGGGCGAAACCAAGUUUGGUCUGAGGAGGUUGCGUGCCCCAGUGGAGGACGAGCAUGCUCUCGUGUCAAGGCCUGGCAGGGAUAUGCUCCCAACUUCCAUCAGUCUGCGAUCUUCAACAACUGCAAUCAAUAUGGCUGGAUGAAUGCCAAGACUGAUGGUCUUACUGGAAUUACUUCGGGUGGAGAUUGCAAGUCGAUUGUUGAGAAGCUUGGAGCAAUUAUCGGAG